AUGCCAAUUUGGGUAGUCGUCAUGCUGGCAAUCAUUGCCGGCGUGCUUGCCGUCGUCCUGCUUCUCGUCCUCUUCUUCUGCCUACGAUCGGAUAAGAAGAAGCAGCCGCCAUCGCCAGCUGAGCCAAUUCGCCGAUUGCCGACUCGCACUGAGAGCACAAUUGGCGUCCGCCCGAAGAUCCCGAAUCCGAUAUACACGAUUAACGCAAAUGAUAUUAAACGAGAAAAAAGCAUCAGCGAUACAAUCACAACACGCAAAUUGUCAAUGAUGUUUGAUUCGAAAAAGCGAUUCUCAACUGCAUUUUCGCACAAAUCGGCAUACUUUGACUUUGAGAAUUCUCCAUUACCCCGACAUAAGGAAUAUUUGGAUUUCAACGAUAUCGAAAAUAUAAUGCCAGUGAAAAAGACCAGCUUACCAGAUCGACCACGAUUGGAAUUUUUGAAUGAAAACCCCACCCCAGAGAAAGCCAAUAAUGAAAGGACCAAUGAAACGAAGAAUCAUAUCCCGGUUCAACAAGUGUUCGCUGAAGACGAAAUUUCAUUCAACAAAUCGAAACAUCCGAUUUAUGCCAACUAG